GUCUGCAAGCGUGUGAGGUUGUGAGCAAACAAAUCAGUUUGUGGGCCCAAGUUUAAUCUUCAAACAACAGAAUGUCUGACGAAUCGCUUAUACAUAAUUACAGAUACAUUUUUCAAAAGGAUAUUUUAAGGGGGAAAGUGGCAUUCAUAACUGGGGGUGGAACUGGAAUAGGAUUCACAAUAGCAGAAAUACUAAUGAGACAUGGAUGUGACACAGUUAUAGCCAGCCGCAGACUUGAUGUUGUGAAAAGUUCAGCUGAAAAACUGUCAAAGGCCACAGGUCAAAAAUGUCUGCCACUUCAAAUGGAUGUCAGAAAGCCAGAGACGAUAACAAAGGCUGUUGAUGAAGCUCUGGGACAAUUCAAGCAUAUCGACAUCCUUGUCAACAAUGCAGCAGGGAACUUUCUAUGUCCUGCAGAGAACCUCUCUUUCAAUGCCUUCAAAACAGUGAUGGAGAUUGAUGCCCAUGGAACCUUUAAUGUCUCCAAAGCUGUGUUUGACAAGUACAUGAAGAGUAAUGGUGGAGUUAUUAUCAACAUCACUGCAACACUAAGUAUUCGUGGACAGCAUUUACAAACACAUGCUGGAUCAGCCAAAGCUGCCAUUGAGGCAAUGACCAAACACUUGGCAGUAGAGUGGGGGGCCAAUGGAGUGAGAAUGAUGUGUGUAGCUCCUGGACCGAUAGCGGACACGGAAGGAAUGAGGAGACUGGGAGGUGAUAGAGUCACAGAUGCCUAUGUAAAGUCAAUACCAGUCCAGAGACUUGGAAAGCGAGAAGACAUUGGUAACACAGUGUUGUACAUAGUGAGUCCUGCUGCUGAGCUACUGACGGGAACCACGGUGAUAGCUGACGGAGGGGAUUGGCUCACCAGUCAAAACAAUUACUGGGCUCUGAAAAACAGCUCUAUUUACAAACAAAUGAUAUCUAAAAUGUAACACAGUGUACUUGAAUUUUUAUAAACUGUCUGAGAUGAUGGAUAAAAUGAAUGAUGUGUUCGAUUACCACUAGAUUCUAAUCAACGGAUAACCUCUAAUCAGAAUUUUUUUUCCAUAUAAUGUUACUGAGAACUGGGAAUUACAAUGUACUGUCAGUGUAAAGUUAUCAUACAUUAUAAUUAAUUUUUUUUCUUUCCUUUUGUUAUUAGUUUUUGAAGAUUUGUUUGAAUUACCUGUCAUUCAUUGUAAAUCAACAUUAUCAGGAAUAUUAAGUUUUUAUGUAUAUCAGUAAAAAAUUAUUUUUUUAAAAAUGUAUUUAAUUUUUUUGUUUGUCCAUCAUUUUAAUUUACAGUACCUGCAUGGGUAUUUAAAAUCAUUGUAUAUAAAAGACUUGUGAGUAUAAUCUGUGAUAAUUUAAUUCUCUCAUUGUCAGAUCAAACAUUCUUUUAUGAAAAACGAUUGGUGCUAUGUGCUUGUAAUUUAAU